ACGAAAAAACAUUGAACCAACUGCAACGUAUGCUACUAGGCGAUUCUAAGGCCAUGCUCCUGGACGACAAAUUUAACAUUGACUUUCGAAGGGAUGAAAACGCACCCUGUUCAAUCUACGAACUCGGGGACAGGAACAUUGAUACCAACUUUAAAAAAUGUGUCCCAAACUUAAGCGCAGUUACCUGUGUGAAUUUUAACUUGAAUUCUGUAAUGAAUAUGGAUUCCGAAAUACAUAUCCGCAACUUAGAAAGAUUGGAUAAACUUAUUGGAUUACUUUUAUGGAGGGAAUUUCUCUAUGCUAGCUUCGAUGGUUUGCAGCCACAAUUCAGCCUUCAAAAUAUUAUGUCUCAUUUUCGCAUCCUUCCACAAUUUCAAAAGGUGACUUGUUCAAAUUCUUGUUGAAGACGAAUACAUUUCCAUGCUAGGAAACUACUAUUUCACGGAACGCAGACAUUAUGAAAGUUUACCAAGUGUCAAUAAAUCAGUGGAGAACUUUGUAGCAGAGGUGCAAGGCGAAUCACUGUUGUUAGAAGUGCAAACUGCUAUCUCCACUGUACGUCGUAUCUUGCCAAUACUCCGUGGAGAUGAGGCAUUGCCUGAUAAUUUAAACGAUGAAAUUUUAUCUCCGGAGAUAUUUUACAAGAAACCUGCUUUUCUAAAAGUGACUUAUAAUAAUUUAAGGGAGGCUUUUGAAAAAAAUGUUUGCGGUCCACUAAACAUUUUGGAAGUUGGGGCCGGAACUGGGUCGGCGACCGAAUGUCUGAUUUCAGUCCUAGAAGAAAAAGACCUAGACUUUUCCUACACCUACACCGAUGUUUCAUCAAAAUUUGUUGAACAAGCUAAGGCCCAUUUUUCAAACUUUGAGUGCAAAAUGCAAUACUCAGUAUUGAAUAUCGAAAACGAAACGAAAUCUCAAGGGUUUGUUCCCUACACGUAUGACGUAAUCCUUGCAGCUAAUGUUCUUCAUAGAACAAAAGAUCUAGCUCAAACCACUCGAAACGUUGCUCAUUUAUUGAAACCUGGAGGUCUCCUUUUACUUGUUGAGCUAUUCAAGCCACAACGACUUUUGGACAUUUCUUUCGUCAGUGGAUUUUGGGGAUUUCAAGACUUCGACCGAAGGCCAAAUCAUUGUGUCAUUGAUUCACAUGCAUGGGAAACCCUCUUGAGAACGUGUGGAUUCCAAGGUUUAACAUGCCAUUCCAGUUUGGAUGAUAGGUCUGGAUUAAUUGUUGCCACUCAGUGUUUCUUUUUGUGCGCACAAAAUUAUUUUUGUGCAUGCAUAGUGCAUAAAAUGCACAAAAAUGCAUAAAAUGCACAAAAAUGCACAAAAAUGCAUAAAAAUAAAUAUCGAGGCAGAAUGCCGCUAAUUUCACAUUUCACUUUUAUAUACGCUCAACAAUAAUUGAGCAUUGUCAUUUUCUAACAAUCAAAAUUUUAUCAAGUCGGAAAUUACGAAAAGUAUUUUUAAAUUCCAAAUAUUAGAAAAUUGUUUUACAGUGCUAAUAUUGUUGAAAAACAUCGUAAAAUAGCUUAGCAUUCGUCCAUUAUCUUAAAUAUUCAGCGUUGCUGCAUGGUAAUCAGCUAAAUUAUUUUUGUGCAUUUUUGUGCAUUUUGUGCACUUUUCCGGAUUUUUGGUGGGUGUUAUUAAACGCAUAAAAACAUUUUUAUGCACUAAUUUUGUGCAGGUGUUUUUUAACAGCAGAAACACUGUUGCCACUAGACCGACAGCAAAAAUUGAAUACGUGUGUUUGUAGACAUGAAUGCUAAGAAGAGGAAUAGGCAUAUUUUGGAUUUAAUGAUUAGCUUACAGAAGAUUGACAUAAAUAACGACCUAAGAAUUUCUGGAGAAGCUAUCGCCCUAAUUACUUUACGAAAUUCAUACAAGACAUUCAAAGUUAACAUUGAAAUAUACCAGAAUGAUGAAUAAGGGCAUGCACGAGUAUUAACCAAGUUUUGUGAAAUCUAAUAAUUUACAUGUAGGGUUUAAAGUCAGAUAAAUUUAUUUCAGCAGCGAGUCAGUGUUGUUUGUUAAUUUUUUAUUCCUUUUAUAUUAAUUUUGAGGUACUUGGAAAAACUAACAAGAUUAUUUAUAGUAACGCACUGCGCCCAAUCAAUGAACAUGAUAGCUGGAGAUUCUUGCCAUAAGUCUGACACUGCUUUACUGGUUGGAAUGGGCAAGAUAUAUGGGCAACUAUAAUACUAUGUCGAAUAUGCGAUAAAGAUAAGGUUUUUCGUACAUAUAUAUGUAUAUAUGAAAAUACAAUAUCUAUUAGCAAGGCAAGAAUCCUCAUUUUCAUAUAUAUGUAUUAACGUGAACCAUUCGCAGUUCAUCUGCACAUAGAUCGAUACACGUAUGUAUGUAUUUACAGUAUGUACCCUCGUAAAUAGAUCAGUUUGUAUUGUGUCAUUUUUAUUUUCUGAAAUAAAAUCUGCACAAAAUAUGCAAAUUGGAGUGAUUGAUUCUCUUGGAGAAUAAUUCAAGCUCAAGAAGUGUUACAAUUUUGUCCCUCUCGAGUAAAGAUGACAAAUAUUUACCUUGUUUACGUAGACAAGCUCAAUUGUUUCAUACGUGCAUACAUAUCCAGCAUUUAUACAAACAUUAUACAAAAAUUAUCAAUAUUCUACACAGCAGCUAUAAACCAGUCACAUAAAACUGCCAACCAACUUUUUUGAUGGCGCAAUAAAUAUGUGGUUAUCUCAGAUUUUUCUAAACCAGACUCAUUGCUUCUGCUUCUAUCUGUAGACGAAUAUUGCUAAUUUCACCAAUCUCAAGUCGUCAACCAUCGCCAUCGGGAUUUAACGUUGUCCAAAUGGUGCGAAAAGGGUGAGGACGGAAUUGAGGAGAUCCCACCACCGAAAAUUGGGAAACCAGAAGGCAAAAAGCACGGAACCAACGAGGGAUUCACUUCACUAGAGAUUUUAAA